CGCAUCAGUUGUUGUCCGUCGACGUUUUUCGAUAAAUAAUAUAGUAACAAUUAAAAAAUUUUUAUACGCGUUGCGUUUUUCAAACUUAUUUACACUAUUAUCCAUUAUUAUCUGUAUUUCUAUUUUAUUUUUUUUUCGUUUUGUUUUUUUCCCGUCGAUUGCUCUCAUUCCACAGACAAUGACGGCUGCAUUAUUGUGACCGCAAUAAUGUUUGCGCCCAAAACUCGUUGAUUUUACUUUAUCGCACGCAUUGUUGUGAUAUCAAUCGUGUUGAAGUUGUUUUAACAUAAACGGUGACACAAACGAAGACCACAUCCGUUACCCGUGUUAAUUAUUUAUUUAGAUAGUAAAUAUAGUGUCGCGCAAGGAUACGUACCUAGUAGGUUUAAAAAUAUUCAUCAUUUAUUGAUAACACACAGAUGCUGUUGCUCGUUUCGUUACACUAGCGAAAUGCCUAAAAAUUUUUACUUACCAGUUGCACCCGCACAAAAUUUGGCUUGAUCUUUACACUCUUGACUGUCACUGGUUCACUGUAAAUGUUCACUGGUACGUAUAUUUAUAUCUGGUAUAUUAUAAAAUAUUGUGUUUAGACCAUGACUAAUUUAUUGAAAUCAAAUUUAAUCAGUCAUAACACAUUUGGGGACUUUAAAAAAAAAAAAUGUAUGCAUAUACCUAUGUUUGGUAUUUUUUUAUUUUAACAAAUUAAGGAUUCUCGUUGUGGCAUUGUAAUUUUAAUUAAAAUCUACACCUAUAAUCAGCCAAUAUGUUCUUCUUUAUACUAAUGUAUGUUUUAUAUUCCGGUUUGAAUUUAUGUUUUAUUUAAUUAUAUAUUGUAUAAGCCUCUUAAAUUUGACAAUCAUCUUGCAACCUAGUCACUGUAAAGUGAUUGCAAAAGUCAGCUGAUAAUAUUAAAUGAUCAUCAAUAGCAUUAAGACUGUACCUAGAAUUUCAAGUUAUUUACGGUUUAUUUUACUAUCCGUGAUUAUAGUAAAUAACUUUUUUCUUUUUAAGUUUUAUCUUUUUUUUAUAUUUUACAUAAUUGAAUAGUUAAAAUAAUUUUAAAUUGUAAUAGUUUGCUAUGUGAUUAAUUAAAUUAUAACUCACUUUGUUUUCGUAAUAUAUUAUUUAAUCAAUUUUCAGAUAAUUUUUCACUAUGGGGAAGCUGCUUUCCAAAAUAUUUGGUAACAAAGAGAUGAGAAUACUAAUGCUUGGUUUAGACGCAGCUGGAAAAACAAGUAUCCUUUAUUAUACAAAUACAUCUACAAAGUGAUAUUUUUUUAUAAUUAAUCUUUAAAUCAUCUCUAUUCAAUGUGUUUUUUUUUAAAUAUUUGUAAGUAUUUAAAAGUAUUUUAUUUACCAUUUUUUCUUUUGUUGAAUAAAUAGGUGUAUUUUAUUUCUUCAAAAUAUUUUAAAAUUUACAAAGUACAUUUUUAUUUCGGUAACAGAUAAACAAGAGAUAUUGAAAAAAAUAUGAUUAAAGAAAAUAGACUCAGGGAAAUAAAAGACAUUAACAAUAUCAAUUUUUAAUUAAAUAAAACUGUUUAAAAUUGAUAUUUUGAAAAAUUAGAAACUAUUUUAUUUUUAAGCUAUUUAUAGACUUUUUAAUUUUGAAGUUAUGUAAUUUUAUUUGAUAGGUACUCUAUGGAUAAAAUGUUUAGACUAAACAGAAAUGCUUAACAAUUUGACAAGUUCAUUACAAGUUGUACUAAGUAGCCAAACAAAGAAUGUUGAGCGUAAUGUAGUCAUUUUUUUUUUUUCUAACACUUAAUAUCAAAUUUUGAUGAAAAUCGUUAAUAUUAUGGCCUUUCAAAACAUGUAUAACCAAACUACACUCCAAAUUGUUUUUUUUUGUUAGCAAUGCUUUUUGUUGGUUACAGGUAUAAAUUAAAUAAUUUAAUGUAUCCUUCCUUCCCUACUACCCACCUACAACAAUGACAUACCCAUUCAAUUUGUUUUCUAUUAUUAUUAUAUUUUUUUAUUGUCCCUUUUCCUAGAUAAUUUAAAUUAAUUGUAAUAUUUGUUUUUUCUAAAUGUUAAAACAUGUACUUAAAUACUUUAAAAUUUACAUUUCAUGUUGAAUAUUAUUUUUAAUUUUAUUAUCGUUAACUUAAUUAGUAUCAAUGUGAGGUGAACUCAAUUAAUUUUUGUUAUUGCAUGAUUAUUUGUACUUACACCAAUAAUAUAUUUAUAAAUUGAAAAUAUAUCAAUACCAUUUAAAUUAAAAUACUCUAUAAUAGACAUGUUAUUUACUAUUAUACAAUUUUGAAAUUUUCAAAGAAGUAGAUACUUUUAUUUUAUAUUUGUUUGUACAUACUAUUUGAUUAUUGAUAAAAUAGCCAUUUUCAAAGAUAAUGAAAUAUUUUGAUUUAAAUUACUUAAUUAUUUAACUAAAAACAAUUUUCCUAUUCGAACAUAUUAGCUAUUUUAUAUAAACUAAAAUUGGGUCAAUCUGUAACAACUAUACCAACAGUCGGUUUCAAUGUGGAAACAGUGAUUUAUAAAAAUGUUAAAAUUAAUGUUUGGGUUAGUAUUUGUAUUAACAAUUAUGUUAUGCAUGAUAUUAUAAAUACUUAACCAUUUAUUACAUUUUACUAGGAUGUUGGGGGACAAGAUAAAAUACGUCCAUUAUGGCGACACUACUAUACAGGCACACAAGGUUUAAUCUUUGUAGUGGAUUGUGCAGAUCGUGAUCGUAUAGAUGAAGCUAAGCAAGAGUUACAUCGGAUAAUUAAUGAUAGAGAGAUGAGAGAUGCGAUCAUAUUAAUUUUUGCCAACAAACAAGAUUUAACAAACGGUAUGCUUUUUGCAAUAUUACUAUUUAAGUUUACAUGUGUUUAAUGUAAUAAUGUUUUAUUAUAGCGAUGAAACCACAUGAAAUACAAGAAAAACUUGGAUUAACAAGAAUACGGGAUAGAAAUUGGUAUGUUCAACCAUCAUGUGCUACCACAGGAGAUGGAUUACAUGAAGGUCUCGCUUGGCUCACAUCAAAUUUUAAACAAUGAUAUUAAAGUAUAAAACAAUACUUUCUAUGUCAUUAUUAUAUUUAAAAGAAGCUUAGGAUUAAAAGAAAUUAUAUACGUACAAAAUUUGUGCUCGACUUGUUAAAUGUAAAAAAUGAAAUCGACAUUUAAACUAAAACAUCUAUUUUAAAAUAAUUACUUUUUGAGAGGACUGGUAUAAACAAAUUACUGAAUUAUUCACAAUUUUCUUAAUAUUAUUUGUAAUGUGUACUGAACAAAAUUGUCAUAAUAUCAGUCAUAUGCUAAAACUGCCUAACUAUCCUUUUGAUGUGUAUAUUUAUAAAAUAAUUCCAAUGAGUAAAUAUUAGCCUAAAUGAUAAAAAUUAAGCAAUAUUAUUUCUAACUUAAUUAACGACUUGAUGACUUAAUAACUGUUCUUGAGUUUAGAAUAUUUUAUAUAGGCUUAUAAAUUAUUAUAUAUGUACUAAAUGUCAUAAUAUUUUAUACAUACAGUUUAUAAUCAUUAGGAAUAUAUUUAAAAAAUUUAAUAAUAUUGUUCCAUACAUGGAAGAAUCCUAUUUUUUAUCUUUAUUGUUAUUUAUUAUUUUGUACAAAAUAUUGAAUAAAUACAAAAAAAGUUAUAAUAUUAAUAUUAAA